AUGACGAAAGUGGGGAGCGAGACCGAGUGGGGAGAGAGAGAGGUGGCCAGGACUUCUGUCACCAGCCUCGGGCAACCUCAAGACGUCCCAGGCCCGGGCUUAGCCCCGGUGGGGCCCGACAGCGUGUUGGGGAACUCGGUGGCUUCACGGCCAGCUGAGCCGAGGCGACCGCGCUCCUCCAGACUGGUCAGCAGAGGGCCGCGUAUAGGGUCCUUCCUGCACUUCCUGCGCGACUCGCGGCUCUCAGCGCCCGAAGCGGCGCCUGCCAAGGACGGAUUCCGGAGGAGCGCUGCCCAGUCUCGGGGAAUCGGGUGCGGGAAAGGCUGCCGCUGCCAGCCCGCCCUCGGGAGCAGCCAGCGGGGGACGGGGCACGGACGGGGUCUCGAGAACCGAGCGCUCAGACUCCUCCCUGCCCCUCGCCGCCCACACCCCGUCUACCUCAGGUUGGGAGCGCCUGAGGUACCUUCCUACGACGCCAAGCUGAUCUUUCCGGCCCUUUCCAACCUAACGCCAGGCCGGUGGGCAGCACUGCCGCCUUCCUCCGCUGUCACUGGAGGCCGCCCCACCCAGACCACGCCCCUCGGAAUCCCGACAAGCCCCCUCCGAGACCACGCCCCUCCUAGACCACGCCCCUCCGCGCCGGCUGCUCUUCUGGAGCUCCGGAAGAAUCAAGCACUUGGCAAUGAGUCUGAGAGAAAGAGCCGGUCAAAACAGUCCUCAGCACAGCAGGGGAAUAAUUUUCUAAGGAAAAGACACACCAAGAGAGACGAUGCCACCUCCACUCCUGGGAAUUUCAGCGGCUCAACCCAGUUUGCAGAGUUUCUCCUACAUCCUCAUCAUGUACCACCGCGACCCCCCACCCCCCUCACAUACCAGAGAUCUCAGCACUGUUUGGACAACGCCCCCUUCUCAGAAGAUUGGGUUCCAGAUCCACAGGGCCCUUCUUCCCAGCUCAGAGACGCUAGCACCAGCCAAGCAGUACCCCCUUCUCUGAGGUCUGUGUGUCAGCUCCGGGCCUCUCGUGUGAGUUUCUGUUUUCAUCAUUCUGACCACAUUAAUUCUCCCAGCUCUAGAGUGGUGGCUGCUUCCUGCAGUUGCUCCCUUUGUGAUACCUUAAAGCUUUCUUUUUACUCAAUGUUUACCUACUUAACAGUUCUUUUUUUAAAACUUUAUUUUAUUGAAGUAGAGUUGAUUUACAAUGUCAUGUUAAUGAACAGUUCUUUAUAUUAAAUUUUCUCUGUUAAAAAAAACUACUGUGGCUUCCGUCUCCUCACUGGUCCUUGACUGAUACAGAAGUUGGGACCACGAUUGGAGUGUUAGGUGUGAUAAAAGCAAGAGGGGCCACUCUCGCCCUGAUUCCCAGGCCCAGGUGUCGUGGCUGUGGGACAAACAGCGCCACGUGAUGGUCUCUGACUCAAAGCAUCCUCUUUAGCCUGUGAGACAGAACCCCAUCCCUUCAGGGUGGUGACUCCCAACAGGCACCAUAACUAGGUCAUCAGUCGGUCAUCCCACCUUUCUAUUAGGUCAGCUGCUUCUGAGUGAUAGGGUUUGGAUUAAACUGGUUAAUUCCACGGGUAUCAGCCCUUUGCUGCUCUUCUUCUGACAUGAGGUGACUUCUUUGAUCCAAAGCAGUGUUGUGUGGAGCCGCGGGACCGUGAACGAGGCACUCCGCCAAUCGGUGCAUGGGGUUGCUUGCAGAAACACUAUAAGCAGGAAAGGCACGUCCGUAUCCAGAACGUGUGUAUAGCCCAUCGGGCACAAAUCUCUGCCUCUUCCAUUAUGGAAAGGGUCCAAUGUAAUCAACCUGCCGCUAGGUGGCUGGCUGUGCCCCCCAGUAUGGCUCAGUGUUGGUAUCUGCUUCUGGCUGAUUAGACGGUAGUCGGCCAAGUCAGCAUUGGUGAGGGGAAGCCCGUGCAUAGACUUGGACUCAAACCCUGCCGCCAUGGCCACUUGGUUCCAUGGGCCCAUUGAGCAAGCACUGGGGCAGCUGUGCAAAGAGGCUGACUGACAUCCUUAGAACAUGCUUUGUUCACCUGAUUGGCAAGAGCCUGCUUUUCAGUGAAUACCCUGUAGUGAGCAGUUACAUGGGGCACAAAUAUCUUGGCAUUCCAUGCCCGUUUGGAGAGACACAUCCAAGUACUUCUUCCCCAGACCUCCUUGUCACCAACCUUCCAAUCAUAUUCCUUCCACAUCCCUGCCAAUGAAUCCAUAUAGACCCAGCUUCUGGCCGUCUCUCAGCCCAGACGAAGUGGGCGAAGUGUCUCUUGAGGUCCUGCCCACUAGGAGGAUUUUCUUUCAUUGUCCUUCAGAGCCACCCUGGCGUGGGCCUGUAGGGUUACGGCUGUCCACUUUCUGUUGGCGCCAGCAGAUCGUGUAGAACCUUCUGUAAGCCAGACCUGAAUUUUUUCCUUCUCAUCCAACUGAUCACAAGGAACUUUCUAUGAAGUCCUGGGAUUAAGGGAAGACAGGCGAUGAAGAAAGAGUCUCUGUUACAGGCAUCUGAGCCACAUGCACACACAACCUACUUGUGUCUUCUGAACCCGCUUGAGCCCAGCCUCUCACGUGCCAUUCCAUGGGACAAACCAGUGUCGGGUGUUGUACCUGAAAAGCUAUCACCACACCCAAGUUCACCUAGAUCUUCUCCAGUGUUAUCUUCUAGGAGUUUUAUAGUUUUACCUUUUAUACUUAGGUCUGUGAUCCAGUUAGAGGUAGUUUCUGUGAAGGGUAUAAGGUCUGUAUCCAUAUUCCCUUUUUUUUAAAAAAAUAGAUCUUUAUUGGAGUAUAAUUGCUUCACAAUACCGUGUAAGUUUCUGUUGCACAACAAAGUGAAUCAGCCGUAUGCAUACACAUGUCCCCAUAUCCCCUCCCUCUUCCGUCUCCCUCCCACCCUCCUCCCACCCCUCUAGGUGGUCACAAAGCACCGAGCUGAUCUCCCUGUGCUAUGCAGCUGCUUCCCACCAGCCAACUAUUUUACAUUCCGUAGUGUAUAUAUGUCGAUGUUAUUCUCACUUCGCCCCAGCUUUGCCCUCCCACCCCAUGUCACCAAGUCCAUUCUCUAUGUCUACCUCUUUAUUCCUGCCCUGCAACUAGGUUCAUCAGUACCAUUAUUUUUUUUUUUAGAUUCCAUAUUAGCAUAGUAUGCAUUAGCAUACUGUAUUUGUUUUUCUCUUUCUGACUUACUUCAGUCUGUAUGACAGACUCUAGGUCCAUCCACCUCACUACAAAUAACUCAGUUUCAUUUCUUUUUAUGGCUGAGGAAUAUUCCAUUGUAUAUAUGUGCCACAUCUCACACUCACUUUUUUGCAUGUGGAUGUCCUGUUGUUUCAGCACCAUUUGUUGAAAAGCAGAAUUUUAUUUUUUGAAUAUACAUACAGUAAAAAUUGACCUUUUUCACAGGGUGUGUGUGUACACUUCUGAGUUUUAACUUAUAUAUAGAUUCAUGUAACCAUCACCACAAUCAAGGUACAGAACAGCUCCAUCACUCUGCAAGAUUCCCUCAUGCUCGCCCUUUGUAGUUGAACUGUCUACCCAGCCACUAGCCCCUGGCAGUCACUGAUCUGUUCUCCAUCCCUAUAGUUUUGCCUUUUCCACAAUGCCAUAUAAAUUGACUUGAACAAUAUGUAACCUUCCAACGCUAGCUUCUUUCACUCAGCACAAUGCCUUUGAGAUUCAUCCAUGUCAUUUCCUGUAUCAUAGUUUGUUCCUUUUGCUGAGCGGUGUUUCAUGGUGUGGAUGAACCAUUUGUUUAUGCAUUUGCUCACUGAAGAACAUUUGUUUCUAGAUUGAUGACUUAUUAAAGUUGCUAUGAACAUUUGUGUAGAUGUUUUGGGGUGAAUAUAAGUUUUCAUUUCUCUAAAGUAAAUACCUAGGAGUGGGUCACUUUAUUUUUCAGGUCAGUUUAUUAACUCUUUUUUUUUUUCUGUUGGCCGUGUGGCGCGACUUGCGGGAUCUUGGUU